AUGUUACUGGUCAAGAUAGGUGUUGAUAAAGGAGUCGGGGAAAAUAGUACUAGAUGCCACCAGAAUGCUCUGAAAGAUAACAUCCAGAACAUAACCAAGCCACCACCUCAUCAUCUGUCCUGCAUGCUGGGUGUGAAACACAUUUUAGGUAUCAUUUGCAGAAACUCACACGGUCUGGAAAGGUCAUUUCAGACUAUGCUUCGGGUGUCUGUCACCUCUACCCAGCAUACCAAGUGGAAGAUUGUGACUGCUGUAGUCUGUGCCAUGAAGUGUCAAGGUGGUGCCUUGUACAGAUCUGGAGGCUAA